AUGGCGCCUGCUGCUACCGACGCUGAGGGCGUGGACCAGACGGUCCUCACUCUCCGCAAAGUCCUUACCUCCGAGUCAGAGCCACUGGCUCGCCGAUUCCGCGCCCUCUUCUCCCUCAAGCACCUGGCCUGCUUGCAGCCCCCUACCGGGCAGACCCUCCCCGCGAUCGAAGCGAUUGCUGCCGGGUUCGCGUCGCGUUCGGCUCUGCUCAAGCAUGAGCUCGCAUAUUGUCUCGGCCAGACCAGGAACGCCGAGUCGGUCGCGCACCUCCAGCAGGUGGUGAAGGAUUCCGAGGAGGAUGCGAUGUGCCGCCAUGAGGCUGCAGAGGCUCUGGGCGCCUUGGGUGAUGCGGGCAGCUUGGAUAUUCUGAAGAAACUCAGAGAUGAUGCCUCGGAGCUGGAGAUCAUCCGCGAGACCUGUGACAUUGCCGUCGACCGCAUCCUGUGGGAGAACUCCGACGAGAAGAAGGCUGAGAAAUUGAAGCCCAGUGAUUUUACCUCUAUCGACCCUGCCCCUCCAAUGCCUCUGGCGGCCAGCGAGCCCUCCAUCCCCGACCUGGAAAAGACCCUGCUUGACACCAAGCUCCCACUAUUCCAAAGAUACCGGGCCAUGUUUGCUUUGCGAGACCUGGCAUCACCCCCUGAUCUCCCCACCGCUGUCGCUGCCGUCAACGCUCUCGCCCAAGGCCUCAAGGACCCCUCUGCUCUUUUCCGUCAUGAAAUUGCUUUCGUCUUCGGCCAACUUUGCCACCCUGCCUCCAUCCCCUGUCUCACAGCUGCCCUGAGUGACCAGCAAGAGGCAGGAAUGGUGCGACACGAGGCAGCCGAGGCUCUGGGCAGUCUGGGCGAUGAAGAUGGCGUCGAAGACACUCUGAAGAAAUUCCUGAAUGACCCUGAGCAGGUGGUCCGAGACAGUGUGAUUGUGGCUCUGGACAUGGCCGAGUUUGAGAAGAAUGGUGAGAUUGAAUAUGCGCUGGUGCCUGACGGAAAUAUACCUGCUGCUGUCCCCGCAGCCUGA